GCGGUCUAGAAAGCCUGAUAGAGGAGAAGAGGCAUCACACACUCGGAGACAAUGGACAAAAUUAAAAAGGACCUGUCCGAAGCUGUAUUCACUCCUUCCUCUCUAAUAAAUGGACGAGGGGCCCUGCACAUGACUCAGAUAGUGCUGGGCAUCUUGACCUUCAUCCUGGCCGCUGUUCAGGGCGAGACUCAACACACCUACUGGAACUAUGCCAUGUUCACCUGGGCCUUCUGCUCCAUCAUGACCCUCAUCAUCACCGUCAUUGAGAUGUUCAUGCUCCACCUCCUCCUCAAGAUUUGUCUGGACUGGGACGACUUCACCACGGGAAUGGCGAUGUCCUCCGCUCUCAUGACCGCGUCCGUCUUCGUCAUGUACGCCAACUUCUACAUCUGCAAAAAAUGUUUGUACUCGAUUGUGAUCGCCUUCCUCGCCCUACUUUGUGGCGUGGCCUACAUCUUAGAGGUAGUGAAAGAUAAGUUCAUGGAUAAGAAGAAGGGGAGCUACCUGGCCGCCCUGCCUGGCUUCUGGAAAGUUCUGGAGGCUUUCGUGAGCUGCAUCAUUUUUAUCUCCCUCACGGGUUAUGACGGGAAACCGGCACUGAUCAUGUGCAUUGUGGCCUAUGUCAUUCCCUUUCCCAUCAUCCCUAUUAUCAUCAUCACCAACAUCUUCACAAAAAUUAAGAACUGUUUGCCAUUUAAUAUAGACAGGUUUGUGUUUAUAUUUCUGGUCAUCUCUGUGGUCCUCUAUACCUUUGCUGCCAUCGUCUGGCCCAUCUAUACGUUCAGAGGCAACCCUCGUCCCAGUGACUGUCCUGGAAGCUUCUGUAUCUGGGCCAUUCAGUUCAUGGUGGCAUUCAUGACAUACGUCAAUCUGAUCCUCUUUAUAGUGGACUUGGUGUUUACCCUGCUUGGGAUGUGUGGCUUCAAACGCUCAUAGUGGUAA